AUAUUUUUGUGUAGAUCUACGAGUACGAGUACGCGAGCUGCCACUAGAUCUUGCUAGCUAGCUACGUUGUCCUGGAUAUCUUUCUUUGAUUCCAACAAAAUGCAGUUGAAAACUUGACACCUAUGCUAUAACCUGGAUGUGAAGUCCUAACUUAAUCUGGAGGAAUGGAGAGUUCUGGAAAGAGGGCCAACACCCCAACAUCAGAAAAGAAGAGGAAGAGGCCUGCUUCCAUUUCUCCAAGAAGAGGGAAGAAAAGACUCUUGCUGUCAGAAGUAAGAAAGCAUGUGAACUCUCCACAGCAAGCAAAAAGGAUUGAUCCAAGCACGUCUUGUGCAAACCUGCCUCGUUCCAUAGAGUCAUUCUUUGCAAAGGCUAGGCCUCCACAGUACACAGAAUGUCCAGUGUGCUCCGAGCAGGUCAAACUGUCUGAGAUCAAUAGGCAUCUGGAUUCUGGAUGUCUGUCCCAACAAGAGAGUCCCACCAAGGCAGGGGCAGAGCAUAUGAAACAGAGUGCAAGGAAAGUUGCAGAUGUGAGAAACGAUGUGAAGGAUAAAAGGACGAGACUUCGACUGCAGGACAAGUUUGAAUCAAGCCCUUUGUAUCAGCCAAGCUCUUUGAGCCUUUCGUCUGAUGAUAAUGAAGAAAGUUCUGUCCGAGAUCAUGACUCGGGUUGUGGUAGAUUAUCAUCAGGGAAACUCAAUAUGAAAAGGAGCAGGGUUAAUGCCAUUUGCAAGACUGAAGGUACUGGUCAGUCAAACCACUCAGAAGACAGUAUUGUUCAGUCGUCAUCCUCAUCAAAAAAGCAUGAAAAGCAGGACAGAAGGACUAAAGCCAGAUCUCGGUUAAGCUUGAAGAAAAUACGGGAGAGAAAAAGUGAUUCAGAUUCAACUUUUGACUCUGAAGUAGUGUGCAAUGCAACCAAAGAAGAGGCUUCAAAAGCUGAAUAUAUAUCUCGAGAAAAGAAAGUUACUUCACCCUACUUCAAACGUAAAAGUGUAGACAGUGCCAAUACUAGCUCACCAAAAAAUGUUGACACUUCUAGUAUGCAAUCAACAGGAAUUUCUGCACAGGACUUGCAAAAAUCAUUGUCAACUUCUGCAGGAAGACCUGAUGGUCUUCCACCUCCAGUCCUUUCUUGUAGGCAUACUCCAACUCAAAGCUAUACUCCUGAAAAGAAGAGCUCUCGAUCAACUUUAAAUUCUGUUAGUCCUGCAUCCAAAGUGUCUACUCUUUCCUCAUUGUUAAAGCAAGGAUAUUCUUCCAAAAAGGGUUUGUCCAGUGCUUUUGCAAAAUCUCCUGACACACCCACAGACAGCAACAGAGGAUCUGCAAAGGCUCAAAGAACCCCUGUGAGAACUCAAUUAUUCUGCAACCAAGCAAAAACCAAAGAUAAACCAGUGUCAUCAUUAACAAGUAGGCCUAGUAUUACGCUAUCAAAGAGUCAUUUGUCUGGAGAUGCUGCAAGUGUCUCUUCAAGUACCAGUCCAUCAAGUGAUAUCGCAGCAGUUACAUCAUUAUCCAGUAGCCCUGGUCCAAGCUCAACACUGCCUCCCAUGCCUACCAUGCCUACCAUGCCUACCUCACAUACCUCAGCUACCAGUUCAUACAACUCACCUUCAAAGUCCAAUCCUAUCGUGAAUAAUCAGGGGUCAUCACUAUCAUCAUCAAAAGAGAAAAGUGCUUUUGAGUCUCCUGUAAAAACUUCCCUUGUGUUAACAAUAACACCCAAUAAAGGCCCAUCCUACACUUCGCCAGCAAAGUCUGGUUCAUCGGCAACGUCGCCUGCGAGGUCAGACACCCUUGGAUCUCCGCACAAGCCAAGAGAACCUUACUACAUAGUGAACUUCAAGCUGAUCUUGAACGCUGUCCUCAAGAAUGAGUUUGAUUCCCACCUCUUCGAUGAGGAAGACCAUGCCCAGGUGUCAAAGUUCAACAGUCUCUCAAGUCCUGCACAACAACUGUAUGUCCGACUAUUCCAAAGGAAGUUCACAUGGUUUCGAACUGCCAAAGUUGAAUAUCCUAGGAUCGCAUUGAAUUUAAAACCUCUCUUCACUGAGAUGAUAGAUGCAGGUUUGCUGAUAACAGAGAGUUCAUUGGAUGAACUAGCUGUCACACUCAAACUGCUGAUGGCCCCUGACCUGAAACAAUUGGCCAAGGAUUUCAAGGUUGCAGGGAGUGGCCAGAAAAGUGAUCUGGUAGAGGCCAUCAUCAAGUACUCCUCAAGACAACGGUCCUUCUUCUCAGCCAACAUGGAUAAGAUAGUAAUGAAGAAAGCCAAGAAACUUCUGGGUAACUGUGUGAAGCUGAUCAAGGAGCCUCGUGUAAUGUUCAAAAGGAUUAUCAUGCUCUUCUCAUUGGUGAGGCAGGAUCUUAUAGAUGAAGAGAAAGGAAGUUCUGGUCAGUCUGCAUUACAAACAGAACUCCUGGUUAACAUGGGUCGAAUGAGCUACCCUGUAUACACAGUCUUCAGAACCAGGAGUUUCUUUCCCUCCAGAGAAGAUUUGCUAAGGUAUGAAGUUGCCAUGCAGUAUGAAAAUGAUAUUGCAGAUGCCCUUGGUAUCAAUGACUUUGAGCUGGCUGACAGACUUCAGACAACAGCUAUGGUGACCUACGAGGAACUGGUCAAAGAUAAACAAAUCCUCAAACACGAUGAGUCUAUGCCAGAGUUUCUUCGCUGCUACAGCGCUGGCUGGGUGUACACACAUGUUGGUUACCAGGGUGUAGAGAUCAGACAGAAGCAGCGAAGAUAUGAAGAAGCUGUGGUGCUUCUCCAAGCCCUGUUGAAGCAGAAGGUCUACUGCCCAGACAGAAGAGGGGGAUGGUAUGACAGGCUAGCCCUCAAUCUGGAUCAACACUGCAAGAAACAACAUCAGGCCUUGGAUUGCAUCAAAGAAGGCAUGGCUGAUCCCAAAGUAAGGGUAGGACACAGAUUGGCUUUACAGCUUAGAGCCCAGAAGAUACUCAAGUCAAAUAAGAACAAACUUGAAGAAAGAGCAAAUGAGUUUCAGUUUGAUGAUGUCUUGGAAAACCCCAAGGUAACCAUUAAGGGUACAGUACUCCCCCAUCAUGGCCCUGGUGUAAGGAACACCUUCAUUAGCUCCUACCAGGGAACAGAAGAAACAGAUGAAGGCAUCGUCGUAUGCAGUGUGGAGCAAGUAGCUCUGGAGCACUACAAGCAGCAAGGGUACACCGAGGGUACACAUGGAGAAGGGACUACCUAUAGCACUCUUAUCUUCAUUAUCUUUUGGGAAAUUGUCUUCCAUCCAAACAUACCAGAUGUCUUCUGCUAUCCAUAUCAGACAGCACCAUUAGACUUGAGGACAGAUCACUUCUAUACCAACCGUAGCGAUGCCAUACAGAAGAAGCUAGAAGAGUUACGUGAAGCAGAUACAGAAGAGCUAGCUAGCAUGCUGCAGACUAAUUGGUUAGAGUAUGAAGGAGACAUGUGUGUAGGUGUCAGUUGGGAGAUCUUCAGGGACCUGGAUCAUGCUAAGGGUUUGCUAAGCUGUAUAGGAGGCAGGUUACUGAGUGCCAUAGCUGAGCGUAUAAUCACCAAUCAUCGUCACUGCAGAGCUGGUCGUCCUGAUCUUACCAUGUGGAACCCAGAGACUAAGAAAUUCAAGUUGGUUGAAGUGAAAGGACCCGGUGAUCGGCUUUCACAGAAGCAGAUUCUCUGGAUUGACUUCUUUCUCCGUCAUGGGAUAGAGGCUGAAGUUUGCCAUGUAGAAGCUGUUGGAAGCAAGCGUUUGAAACGGAAAGUGUAUGACAGCCAGAGCACCGCUGGAGCAUCAAGUCAAGAAUCAGUUAUCAGUUUGGAAUGAGGGAUCUUUUCAAGAGCUCUCUGCACCUACCUGGCUUUUUUGUUUAACUAGGCAACUACCUAAAGUACUGUAAUAAGUGAAAAUAUUAAGUAAAAGGUUAUUGUUAUGUUUCUUAAAUGGAAGUCCUAGUCUUGGCCUAAGUCAGAGAUGCCAACGGUUACGGUUUUGCCGUAUUUGUUACGGUUUUAAUGCUCUUGUUACGGCGUUACGGUAAACAAUCAAAAGGUUACGGGGAAACGAUAAAUAUAAGUACAUUAUAGCAAAUGCCGCCUUAUCACAUAGCCUCCGUAAACAGGGCUGCAUGUCGCACGCAUUUACUCAUAAGUUCACUGAAUUCGACUACACUGGAUAGGCACUUUCGCGCACAUGGUCCUUCCUUUUAAUUCCGAAACAACACGGCUGUCGUUAUUUGGGGGAGCAUGGUGGUAGAUGAUCGUGCGCGCGGCACCCGCCAUACCCAUUCAAAGACUUCGGUGAUUCAGCGGGCGCAUUGCAAGUGCGGUAUACGGUGUGUUGUUGUUCAUGAACGCCGGGCCUAGCGGCCUAGGCUGGUGUGUCUGUGGUACUGGUGAUCGUGAGUGUACGUGUGCGUGUUUAGGUUACGAGUUCUGCCAUUUGACUGUGGAUUCGAAUUUGCCAUUCGACGCUUGAACGAGGUGUUUUCUUCCUGAAACAGAUUUUUUAAAACGUUUUUAUGCACAUCUUUAUUUUUGACUUAAAAAUGGUAGGUUCGAAAUGCAGUGAGUCAUUGGGUGUUUGUGUACGUUUUGCACGAAAAUUAUACUGCGGUGUCUUGCGUUCCGGAAAGACCCCCAUUUGUUACGGACAAAUAUGGUAAAUGUUACUGACAACCAUCCUAUAGGGUUGGCAUCUCUGCUAAGUUACAAAUUGAAUGAAAUAAUUCAAUCUUUAUUUUGCUACUCUGUGCAAUAUUUGUAGCAAUGAAUAAGUGAUGACUACGUUGUACCAGUAGAUUUUCAUUUGUUACUUACUUACUUCAAUCUAUGUUUCUUGUAGAUCAAUAACAUACUAUCCAACUCUUUUUUUUUUAAAGUGCCAGCUGCCUUUUUCACACAUUUUACUGCAUUUGUGACAUAAUUACUGAUAAUAUGCUGUUAAUGUAUAGUUUAUAUCACAUAAACAAUGUUUCUGUGCAGUUUUAAAGAUCUUCAGGUGACAAUAUCGGUGCUUACCCAGCUGCCCUAAGGUGCUGAAGCAUUCAAGGAGUUUGAUCUUACAGGAACACUUCACCUUGAUGGAGUGUGGACAUAUUAGAUUACUAAAGGAUGUUUGUGCUUCUCUCUCUCUCUCACCCACUGUCUUCUUUCCCUGUAUAUGUACAGUUUAUUUUUUGUCAUUAUCCUGGGCAUAGCUACUUAAGAGCGAUAGUUACAUCACCAGAUGGUGCUUCUGAUUGGUCAUUCACAUCAUGAAGCUCAGAAUAAAUAUCAGGAGCUCCAUGAUUUACCCUAUGACCCAUCUAACGUACGUGGAAAUGCUCAUGUCACACAACUGUCUCUCUCAAUACGCUAUGAUGUUUCACUUAGAUUUAUCGACAUUAUCUAUGUUGUACAUAUCUAUCAAACUAAUAAGGCAAGAGCUUGAUUCAGUUUGUAUUCACUUGAUUUUAAUUUAAUUUAAUUUAAAUCUCUCACAAAUUUUCCAAUAUAUAAAAUCACACAAGCAGCAAAUUUUACAAGACAGCACUUUGAUUUGAAGAUUAUACAUAGUUGUAAAGAACUAGAGACAUAAGCUGAAAAGCUAUACACUAUUUAGAACACACACAGAUUAAAAAAUGGAAUGCAUCUUUUAUAUAAAAAGAAAAUACAUGUAAUAUAAUAGAAUAUAUAUUUUAGUAGAAAAGUCAAGGUGUAUGAUUCAAGUAAUAUAAAUGCAUGUAAUAUCAAGGUGAACAACAGUACUAAUUAUUGAUAUAACAUAUACCUCAGAAAUUGAAGUGUUAGUUGACGUAUUCAAGGUUUCAGUACAUUUAUAAGUGACAUAAGUAUUAUUAUUGUUGUGAAUUUACAUAUCAAUGGAAACCCAUAUCUGUAAUUAGUCUGUUCAAAGCCAGAAGAGCGUUAUCUCUGUUUGCCAGGUUAAUGCCCUUCUGGCUCCAAACGGACAAAAUAUGGAAAGUUCUUUAUAAAAAUACAGGUGCAUUAUUAAAAUGAAUGGAAUCAUUGUAUUCAUGAUAUAUUUGGGCAUUUACAAGAAUUUAAAUUCUCUUGUUUUUACAUUAUGAAAGUUCAAGUCUAUUAAUUUCACAUGCAUUUUUAUUUUGUGUCCCAACAAUUUAUCAAGGUGUUGAAAUGCAAGUUCAUUAUUGCCAGUAUGGACGGAUGUUGGCAUUGAACAACUUAAUAAGUACUUAUACUGCUAUAUUUGAUAAUUGCUAUUUUUUUUGUGUUCUGAAAUAAAGUAGGAUUGUAUACAAUUA